AUGUCUGAGUUGCUUUCCCCGACGGCUACUUCAAUUCAUCCCGCCCUGGACCUUACUAAGCUCUCGAGCCCCCUUCCACCACCACCGCCAUCCACUCUUGCCAGGAUUGAUGAAUCCUUCACUGGCUCCUCUCUUUCCGCAACUCCUUCACAAGACACGGCCAUCUCUCCGUCGCAGUUGUUCAAGGACGGUAAUGGAUUGACCGGAACACCGCAGUUUGGAGACGCUCUUCGCGAGUAUCCCCAGCAGCUUCACCCAAGCCCAUUGACCGCUAUCAACCUUAGCACCAUACCCGACAAUGAUAAUUCUGAAUCAUCCUGCUCUACUGCGCCUACAGUAGGACAGAAUCCCAUCAGCGCCGCCGCUUCUCUACCUUCAUCCCCAGCCUUCGGUUCCGGUUCCCGCGCGGCACACAUCUUCCAUAGCCACCGCAAGAACGCCUUGUCAGUUGAAUCUAUCCCAAAACAGACGAUUUUGAAGGCGAUAGCCUCGGCGGGCAGAAACCAGAAUCAGCAUAACAUGUCUCUGGCGUCGUCGCUAUCAGGCAUGCUUGGUGUCCAGGGUUCCACGGACAAUCGGCCGGGAACGGCUACGUCCCAGAAGCUCUCCUCAGCUUUGUCCGAUCUAGCCGGUAGAAACGGGACUCCAUCGACGCCCCGUUUCAAUGCUUUGCAAUCACCAUGUUUUUACCACGAAAGAUUCGACGAUGCUGUCAAUAUUGAUAGAGUGCUGGAGGAAAUCAAAGAAGAUGAAUACAUGUCGCAUUCGCGACUUAUGCAGACUGCCACUGGGGUUCGAGAAGUAUCAAAACAACUUCAACGCCGCCCAAUCAAGAGAGCAGUCCGCAAUGUUAUGAUCGUCACUAAGGCGAGGGAUAAUCAACUGGUCAGCUUGACCAAGGAUUUAGCCACAUGGCUCAUGAGCACCCCACGAUAUGGCUCUGACCUUGGCGUAAACGUCUAUGUGGAUGCAAAGCUCCGAAAUUCAAAGCGUUUUGGAGCGGCCGAUAUGCUUGAGGCUCAACCCCGCUUUGAACACCUCUUGAAAUAUUGGACUCCGGAUUUGUGCUGGAGUCAACCAGAGAAAUUCGACUUGGUCCUUACCCUAGGUGGGGAUGGAACUGUCCUCUUCACCUCGUGGUUAUUCCAGCGCAUCGUUCCUCCAAUUCUAUCUUUCAGCCUGGGGAGUUUGGGCUUCCUGACCAAUUUUGAGUAUGAUCGAUUCAAGGAGCAUCUAAACAAGGUCAUGGGAGAGGAAGGCAUGCGCGUCAAUUUGCGUAUGCGAUUCACCUGCACCGUCUACCGAGACGGAGCAGGAGAAGACAUGGAAGAAGGAGAACAAUUCGAGGUUCUCAACGAGCUCGUCAUCGACAGGGGACCAUCUCCAUAUGUCUCCAACCUCGAGCUGUAUGGGGAUAAUGAACUUCUCACCAUCGUUCAAGCUGAUGGCUGCAUCUUUUCCACCCCCACCGGCUCCACCGCCUACUCAUUAUCAGCUGGUGGCUCAUUAGUACAUCCUGAUAUCCCUGCUAUUCUCCUGACGCCUAUCUGCCCUCACACCCUAUCAUUCCGGCCCAUGGUCCUUUCCGAUACCAUGCUCCUCCGUGUAUCUAUCCCUCACAAUUCCCGAGCCACAGCCUACUGCUCAUUCGAUGGUAAAGGUCGCGUGGAGCUCAAACAAGGUGACCACGUUACCAUUGCUGCAUCGCAGUAUCCAUUCCCCACCGUUGUUAGAUCUGGAGCAGAGUGGUUCAAUAGCGUGUCUAGAACUCUGCGAUGGAAUACCCGUGGAGCUAUGCAAAAGGGCUGGGAUGGCGCGGAAGAGAAUAAACAAGAAGAGGUAGAAUGGGAUAUCGAUACCGAUUCCGCAUGCUACGUGAGCGAGGAUAGCAGUAUCAGUGCCAGUCCUUUGAGGAGACAGAUGAGCAUGCUUGGGAUGUAG